CCCAAACGCUGCUCCUGCUCGGACCCGCCGGCUUGGCUGAACGGCGCUCCGCUGAAUCCCUCCUGUUCUGACCCGCCGGCUUGGCUGACCGGCGCUCCGCUGAAUCCCUCCUGCCCUGACCCGCCGGCUUGGCUGAACGGCGCUCCGCUGAAUCCCUCCUGCCCUGACCCGCCGGCUUGCCCGAACGGCGCUCCGCUGAAUCCCUCCUGCUCUGACCCGCCGGCGUGGCUGAACGGCGCUCCGCUGCAACCCUCCUGCUCGGACCCGCCGGCGUGGCUGAACGGCGCUCCGCUGAAUCCCUCCUGUUCUGACCCGCCGGCUUGGCUGACCGGCGCUCCGCUGAAUCCCUCCUGCCCUGACCCGCCGGCUUGGCUGAACGGCGCUCCGCUGAAUCCCUCCUGCCCUGACCCGCCGGCUUGGCUGAACGGCGCUCCGCUGAGGAUCCCUGCUCCUGCUCUGACCCGCCGGCGUGGCUGA